ACUGAGCAGACAUUGGUUGGUUGUCUAGGAGAAGAUUGACCAAGGCGGAAACGAACGUUGAGACCACGCAGUUUAAGAUUUCUACACAACGACAUGAUUACAGUCGUAUUCAUUUUGAAGGAAAAAACUAUUUAAUAUUUUCAAGAUUAUCAGUAACGUAUUUUUUUCCCCGUGUGCGCCACAGAGGCCUUGCUGCCGUCCAUUUUCUAUUGGGUAUCGUACAGAGCGUGCACCGUUUUCACAGUAUCCCAUAUUGCGGCUCAUAAGCGUGACGUUUUUGGAUCUGUUCAGGCGCUUUAAAAAGUAGGACAAAAUGAAAAUCUUUAUCGGCAACGUGGAUGACCAGACUAACCAGGAUGAGCUGAGCGCCUUGUUUGAAAAAUACGGACCCGUACUGAGCUGCGCCGUCAUGAAACAAUACGCCUUCGUUCACAUGCGUGGGAAGGACGGCGCUCUGAAAGCUAUAGAAGAGCUAAACGGACUUGAGCUUCACGGCAAGAAGAUGGUGGUAGAGCUAUCCAAACCCAGGCCCCAAAACACUUGGAAGAUAUUCGUGGGCAACGUUAGCUCGGGCUGCGACCUCACUGAACUGCGCAAAAUGUUCGAAGCCUACGGGAGGGUGGUGGAGUGCGACGUGGUGAAAGACUUUGCGUUUGUUCAUAUGGAGAGAGAAAGUGAUGCUAGGGAGGCCAUCAAGGAUCUAAAUGGGAAGAAUAUAAAAGGCAAGAGGAUUAAUGUGGAACUCUCUAAUAAAUGUCAGAAGCCUUCAAGCUCUAAUGGUAGUUCUCAUAGCUCACGAUCACGCAGGCCACAUGAUCUUCAUGAACCACUGACAAAUCAUGUUGAUGUUUAUGACCGCCGGAGAGCCACUGAAGCCGCCUAUGCCUCAUAUGCACUACGGUCACCACAUGAGCGUUAUAUGGACACUGUUCGCUAUAAUUCCUAUGAAAGCCAUCCACGCCCUCCUUCCCCUCUUUACUAUUCACGGGAUAGGAGCCCUAUACGAAGGUCACCCCCCAGAUCAUUGUACUCCGCCGCAGAGGCAUCUGCUAUUCUAACAUCAAAGUACCGCCAGAGUUCUGCAGCAUUGGCCUCUGCCUAUGGUAGUCAGUCUUCACUUUCUUCAGCUUAUGGAACCCAUUCCUCAACGUAUGGGGCAGAUUUAGAUGCGUAUAGACCAAGGGGAUCCACACUGUCGAGUUACGGCACUCACAUAUCCUCUAUGGCGUCGUCCUUGGGCAAUCAGUCCUCAUCCAGUCCUUAUGCUGCACAGUCAUCUUCCCCUUAUGCGUCGUCCGCACUAGUCAACUCAUAUAGGCAGCAGCCAAAUUCUGCCUAUGAGUCCUCAAAAUUUGCUGGCCUUGGUCAACAGUCUGCAUACUCGACUGUGCCCCCAAUGAAGGCAGACCCACCAAUGUACGAGCGCACCCGCCUUUCUCCGCCACGGAGUUCUAUUUCUGACAGGAUUUCUUCCGAUCGGCAUUAUUCUGCACUAUCUGAUUACCGCCAUUUAGCAGAUUCACAGGCUAUCUACCGUCGUUCCCCUCCCAAGUCUCAGGUGGACUAUCGUCGAUCACUGGAUUCCCUUUCCGAUUACACUUUUGGUGAUUACUUAAGACCAGCACCACUUUCAUCUAGCUAUCAGCGCCGUUUGUAAAGAGUGUGAUCAAGUCAGUUGGAAAUGUGGCUUUAGGUUGUUUAAUAUUUUUCUCUAUAAUGCUAGACGGGGAAAGCAGUCUUUUUAUAUAUAUAUAUAUAUAUAUAUAUAUAUAUAUAUAUAUAUAUUCAAAACUAUUUUUGUAGCAUGUUUCCCCCUCCCCACACACACAUUUAUUUUAUAUACAGAUAUUUUGCAAAUCGACCUCCCUGUUUAUAAACAAUAAUUCUGGAUUCUGCAUUGUUCACAAUGAAUAUUUCAGAAGUGACAUGUAAGCUUUAUUCCCAAAUUUUUAAUUUCACCUGACCUGAUGUCAUUGUGACCUCAGCUGAACUCUCCAAGCGCAAUUCCUCUACUGCUAGUGGAAAAAUUUGAGGUGUAGUUAAUCAUUUAAUAAUUACACUGCAGUUAAACAGAGAAUUAUUUUUUAAAAAUUGCCCCAUCUCCUAGAUUAGUUUCACUACUUUGGAAAACCAUAUAAUUAGCUAUGAUAUGCAUAAUCAUCACACAAUAUAUCUGAGGCUUUAAACAAACAGUAUAAGUGUAUCUGACAAGAAAAGUAGGUGUGUGAUGAAUAUCUUUACUUAAGGAGCACUCUAAGCACCUAAACAACCUCAGCUUAAUAAACUAGUUUUGGUGUAUCUCAUGCAUCUGCACUCUCACUGCUUUAUCCUCUGCCAUUUACAGGAACAGUAAAGCUUCCUGAAAAUAAACAUUUAUUCCUAACACUUUAGUUUUUCCCCACACCCCCCUUUGACAUAAACUUUAAUAGGUUUUUUAACUCCCCUUUUUCCAGCACAGAUUCAAUCUCCCUUAGCAUUGCUCAUCUCUCUUCCUCCAACACUAUCAUCGUAUAGGAAUAGCCUGCUUUAGAUUUGGUCCUAUCUAAUGAUUUGGGGAUCAGAUGGGAAGUGCAUGCAACUAAUUUCCCUAUAAGAAUGAAUUAAAUCAAUUUCUUUUUUCCUAUGGAGACUGCAGCCAUGUGAACGUUGUAGGAGACGCCUCUUGUGGCUGUCAGCUGGAAAGCCACUAAAGAAGCAUUUAACACUCCAAUGUAAAUUUUGCAGUUUCUAGAGAAAUAACAACAACAAAAAAAGUUUUACAUUGCAGGGUUUAACUUUAACCUACAGGAACACUAUACCACAGCCACUUAAUUCAGGUGACGUGUGACUUUAGUGGCUGUUUAAGAGUUAAAUCACUUUGGUGCCUGUUUAUGCAGCCCUAACCAUUCCUCGCUUGACUGUUACUCAUCAUUACCUGAAAAAAUGGUUUCAGUUUCAAUCAGAACUUGAAGCACAAUGUUUCAUUGUAGGGUGUUAACAGAGCAGAAGAUAAGAAAUAAUCAGUUAAAUUCACUGUGCAAUAAGAGAAGCGAAAUAGCCUCUAAUUCAGGAAGUAUGUAGGGAGACUGUUAGUCAUAGCUAGGUGAAGUGUGGUUACAGCUGCAUGAAGUGAUUUAACUUCUAAGUGGCAAAGAAAGCAGUGAGACUACAGGGGUGACAUAUAUAUAUAUACACACACACCCCGAAAACUUCUUCCUUAAGUUAAAGUUGUUUUGUUUAGUUUCCCUUUAAUAUGCAGCUUUUGUAUGCAUCUUUAUCUACUUUCAGUUAAAGAUUAAAAGGAGAGUAAAAGUGUAUUUACUUUAUUGCCAAAAGAGGCUUUGAAAUAUUUAAUUUUACUAUUCUGGUUGUUGGCAUUGUGUUUACUGGAAUAAUAAUGCUUCUUAAUGAGAAAAAAAAUUCUUGUCUAUGCACUUAUUUUUAUCAUACCAAAUAAAACUGUUUGCGUUA